AGAUGAACAAGGUUUCAGAAUCAAACCCAUUUUCCAUUUCAUUCACCAUCAUCGUUGUUCAAAUUCACAAACCCUAAAAUCGAAGAUGAUGCACAUGACCUUUUACUGGGGGAAGAAGGUAACAAUCCUCUUCGAUUCAUGGAAAACCGAUUCAUGGACGAGUUACAUCCUGAGUCUACUCGCGUGCUUCAUCAUCGCUGUUUUCUACCAGGUUCUCGAGAAUCGCCGCAUUCGCCUCAAGCUCUUCGCCGCCGGGAAGCCGGUUCCGCUGGAGAUUGAAACCCCUCUCAUUCGCCGGAAGAUUGUCGGAGAUAAGGCGAAGGCUGGUGUGAAGGUUGGUGGAUCGAUUCUGUUCGGGGUGAGCUCGGCGAUCGGGUAUCUGCUCAUGCUGGCGGUUAUGUCGUUUAACGGUGGGGUGUUUGUGGCUAUUGUGGUGGGGCUUGCGUUUGGGUAUUUCUUCUUCAGGAGUGAUGGGGAAGAUUCUGUUGUGGUUGAUAGUUCCUGCGCUUGUGCUUGAUUGAGAAAUGAGAAGCAAUCAUGAAGAUUGGUGUUCUUCUUCCUGUAAUAAUUGGUUUGUCUGUAUUACUAUUACUGUUUUUCCAUUUCUGAUUUAGGGCUCUUGUUUAUGGGAAUUUGGGAUAUGGUGGUUAGGUUUGUGUGAUUUUGUUUGUGUAAUUAUUAUGAUCAAUAUGAAAUGGAAACUCUGGAUUCUGAAA